AUGCCCCUGGGCACCUACAUCCUGCCCCACACUCCCCAAGGAUACAAGGCCCGUGGGGCCCGACUCACCGAGAGCAGCAGGGGCAUCUGGUUGCAGACCUGGCGGCACUCCCAGCCAUGCCAGAGCCCACCGUCCUCAGCACCUGACCUUUCCUCCCAGCCGCCAGCAGACUGGGCGCAGCCUGACCUGGGAGACAGAGACAUGCUGCCUCUUGUCCCCGAUCCACUCCAGCAACGCCGCCUGCCAGGGACCUCCGCAGCCGACACCUCAGGCCCAGCUCUUUUACCGCUGCCUCGAACACGCGGCCUGCUCCGGAACCGUCUGCCACAGGAGCAUCUCCUGGAGAUGGGCUCCUCCUCUGAACCGGGGUUCAAACGUUGGGGAGGCCUCGUCCGCCAUGCAGGCCAUCGCUCCGGAACCACCGUGGGCCCACUAAAAGGCCCAGGGGAUGCCAUCCACUCCUGCCGCUUUCCCUCACUACCACAUGAACACCUGUAA